GGCGCAGGGAAGCAUGACGUGACCUCGGAUGCGGAAGCGCUACUCUUUAUAAUAGCGGAAGUGAUUGCCUAGUUCCGGUCUCUAUCGUCUCGGCCGACGGGGAAGAUGACGAAGGGAACAUCGUCAUUCGGAAAGCGCCGCAAUAAGACGCACACUCUGUGCCGUCGAUGUGGCUCCAAAGCCUUCCAUUUACAGAAGUCCACCUGUGGCAAGUGUGCAUACCCAGCUAAGCGCAAGAGAAAGUACAACUGGAGUGCCAAGGCAAAGAGACGCAACACCACCGGAACCGGCCGCAUGAGACAUCUGAAGGUUGUGUACCGCAGGUUCAAGAAUGGAUUCCGUGAAGGUACAACUCCUAAACCCAAGAGAGCCGCAGUUGCAGCUUCCAGCUCCUCUUAAGAACUAAUAUUUGUACAAAAAAUAAAGUGGUUUAAAAGUG